CUUGAUUCUGACCAAUGACUGAUUCUGACACUAGCGGGAGUGUGCGUGUUGGGAACGAGGCAGGAGCCGUUUCCUGGGUGCGUUAGGAGCGUCACACAGGACAGCGUUGAAGUGGUUAGCUGGCGACGUGACCGCGAGUUUGAGAAGAUAAGUUUAGAGCAGGGCAGUGCGAGCAGACGAAGGCAGCCCCGUGAGGGCAAGUGUGCUGUGGCGGUCCUGCUAGCGAAAGAUGAACAAGAACCACCGAGUGCCGAGCAACCGAACUCUGGGCGCCGUGGAGGUGAAGAGCAAGUUUGGAGCUGAAUUCCGCCGGUUCUCCCUGGACCGGUCUAAGCCGGGCCGGUUUGAUGAGUUCUAUAGGCUCCUACAGCACAUGCACCGGAUCCCAAACGUGGACCUGCUGGUGGGCUACGCUGACGUCCACGGUGACCUGCUGCCAAUCAACAACGAUGACAACUACCGCAAAGCCAUCUCUGUGGCUGACCCCGUGCUACGCCUCUUCCUGCAGAGGAAAGAGGAAGCCGACUACUCUGCGUUUGGUCUGGACUCUCUGACCCGUCCCAAGAAGACAGUCCUAGCGGCCAUGUUGCUACGGCCUGAUGCCAACCGGAAGAAGCCCCUUGUGAUCAUCAGCCUGCCCAGGGAUUUCAGGCCCGUCUCCUCCAUCAUCGAUGUGGAUAUCCUCCCUGAGACACACCGCCGCGUUCGCCUCUACAAGCAUGGCCAGGAGAAACCGCUGGGCUUCUACAUCCGAGACGGCUCCAGCGUCCGGGUCACGCCCCAGGGCCUGGAGAAGGUUCCUGGGAUCUUCAUCUCCCGCAUGGUGCCUGGGGGCCUGGCUGAGAGCACUGGCCUGCUGGCCGUCAACGACGAGGUGCUUGAGGUCAAUGGCAUCGAGGUGCAAGGCAAGUCUCUGGACCAGGUGACUGACAUGAUGAUCGCCAACAGCCACAACCUCAUCGUGACGGUGAAACCGGCCAACCAGCGCAACAACAUCGUACGGAGUGGCGGAGGGGGCGGGGCAGCGUCCGGGAGCUCGGGGCACUCGUCCGACAGCGGCACCAGUUUCUACGGCUACUCCUCCCCGGGCACUGCCGUGGCGACGACUCCGGCACACAUCAUCCAGAACUUCCAUCCAGAGGAGCUGGAGAGUGAUGAGGAUGAUGAGGACCUGGUGAUAGAGGUGGACGGAGAGGCCAUGCCCAUCCCACGGACCUCCUCGGCCAGCUGUACCACACCCUUCAUUCCUCGCUACGUGCCCCAUCUGGACCUCCGCACCACCAACGGAGCCCUGGCCUCCCACAACCGCUCCGGCUCACUGGGCACGCUCAGCACUGCCGACAGGGGCCUGGAGGGAAGGAGCUUAGAGGAGGAAGGCACCGUCAUUACACUGUAAACACACGCUGUCGUAGUUGCACAGUAUUUACGGGAACGCAAACACAUAGUCUUACAUACACUGAAGCGCACCCUCAUGCAUACACAAAGAACGACAACAUCCACACAUGCGUGCCAUAGUAUCGACACCGCCCUCCCUAUGCUGUCUGACAGACACAUUGAUUACCAUGGUGUUUUGUGUGGAGGAGGAAAGUGACUCUGCCUCGGAGAAAGGCCUCCGACUUCUCAUUGACAACCAUAAAAAGCACUUGUUUCUAUUUCGUGAGGGGGAGACUGUGUUUCUAUGGUCUUCCACUUGAGGGCAGCAAUGAGAUGCUACACUGUUGUUUUUUCAAUUUUGUGAACCAUAGGAAAAUACUGAUUUUAAUGACUGAACAAAAUGAAUGGAUGAAUGAAUGAUUGCAGAUAUCUUUAGGUUCUGACCUUUCCCUAGCUUUUCUACCCUGGUUUGUUUGAUAGAGGAGACUACAUUUCACAAUCUGCWUUUGCCUUGUCACUUUGCAAAUGACAACAACCACUCCCCUAGGCGAAUCACAGCUUGUGAUUUGGGAACAAAAGUAAUGGCUUCUAUCCUACAUGUUACCAUACUAACUAACAAAGAGUAGAGGUCUGCAAUAAUACUCCGAUUUUAGUCUGAGGAGAAACAAUAUAUAUAUGGGUCUCUCUUCAUGGACCUGGACAUGAUUAACCACUAUUCCUGUGUURUCUCCCCAAGCUUUUAAUGUUGAUAAUCACGAGAGAAAAAACUAGAAGCAAUUUAUGCGAAGCAACUGAAGUUACAAAAAUCUCUCCAACAUGGUUAGAACUAUAAUUUUGUUAUCAUGSAUUGUCAUUCCUUGUAUCCGUAGAUCUGUCCAUGGGUUUGAGAGUGGUUUCAUUUCUCUAAACCCCAUCCUUCAGCCAUCUACRAAGAUAGUGGCGGGGAGUCAGUUUUGUUUGAACCGCAGAUUGCCGCUUUAAAUAUUUUCAUGCUAUUUCUUUUACUGUUUUAUUUCAAUGUAAACUGGUUCACUGUAUGAUUUUUUUUAUUUAGUUGAAAAUAAGUAUCUCAAUUGACCGUCACAGACCAACACCUCAUCUGACAGGUGUGCUGUCACUGCCUGGAUGAAGAUCGGUCUUAUUUCUCAUCGAACUUCUCUUUCCUCACGACAAGGGCUAUUUCCCCACUUCGUGUACAUAGUGUGACAGAAUGUGAUUGUAAAUGUGAUUCUCUGAGAACUAUGACGCUUCACUCAUCUCAGCAUGUUCUCUCUCUCUCUCUCUCUCUCUCUCUCUCUCUCUCGCUGGCUCUCUCAUCUGUCUGGUUUGGGAGGAUGUAUCUUUAACAACAGAUGGUGGCUUUCCUAGUUUUCCAUCUCUGAGUUCACUUGGAUGUGGCCUGAAUCAUUCACAUUUGAAGAGUGUCCUCACUUCAUGUACAGUAUUUAUUCACUAUUUCAUUGUAUAUUUUUUUGGAGUAACCCUCAAUCCGAUCUUCAACAGAAUGUGAUACUGGUAUAGAUGAACAGUUGGACCGUGACACUGAGUACGACACAGAUGUUACGUAACUUAGAGCUKGGACACUAAUGAACCCA